CGUCUGUCGUCUUCAAAAUGCACAUGUCUUUCUGAAGCUUCUCCAGGUCCGAGGCUUGAUGAGAUGCUGAGAUGAGCAACAUUCUGCUGCUGGCGUCCGAAGGAGACAAGCGGAUGUUGCGGGGUCUGUUGCAUUUGUCGAAAAACGAUGUUGAAUGUAUAUGGACAGAAAUAUCAUUCUAUAUACGCCGUCAGAUGAACUUGCAGAAGGGGGUCAACCUAUCAGGAUUGGGGACCUUCACAUUUUCUCUGCAGAAUUUCAACACAGGACACAGGUUCUCUAAUUUCCAUCAUCCCAUCUUCAUUUUGGCAGGCAAACUAUCCCAGUCUUUAGGGCUACACCAAGUCAGGUGGUUGGCCAAAGCAGCACACGUGCCUGUAGUGCCUCUGAACUUCGCAGCCGUGUCGCAGCAGACGCCCUACAGUCGAGACGUCGUGGAGGGCUGCGUUAGAGAAACUCUGGCGGCGCUGCACCGAGCCUUGGCAUCGGAGAGGCACAUAUUCCUCCCUUUGAAGGGAAUUGGAGUUCUGUCUUUCAGGAACAACAAGGUUCAGAUGAAGUUCAGCAGGGAUUUCAUUAAUACAAUCAGUGAGACACAUCAGACGCUAAAAGAUUCCAGCAUGGUAUCAUUACAUUUACAAUUAGUAAUGAGUCCACAGAGAUAUACAUGCAGAUUAAUUGUACUUUUGUCCCUGCAGAGAGCUGGGAGCAGUGGCUCCUUGUCAUCUGCUGAAGUCACUGAGCUUCAAAGGCCACAGACUGCCUGCCGCGUCUCCCUCCCAGCUAUUGUCUCUCUUCAGACAGAUAACAAAGGAAUCGGCAAAGAUGGCGGAAACGUUUUGCCAUCUGGGGACCAGAGGAGCAAAAAAGAGGUUCUUCAACAAAGAGAGUCUAAAUUCAAUCAGUCACUGCAGACGAAAGCUGUUGGCCUGACUGAGGAACUGAAUCCAAUCCCCCCCGCGGUGCCCACAAGCAGUGUGCUACAUGGAGAAUCUCCCAAACUGGUCCAGCAUCUCAAAAAUGUCAGCAGCUCUGGUCAGAUCCCUGCUGAAAGGGAGCUUUGCCACUUGUGCACACAGCGGGCUCUGAGGAAUGUUCCAGAGAACAGACGGGAGCGACGAGACGCAGAGGAGAAAGCUCACGGAAACCUUUUACUGCUUAAAGAACAGCUGAGAGAUGAGCAGGAGAUGGAGCAAGAGCUGGCAAAACUAACUGAGCAGCAUGAGCAGGCAAAGAAGGUGGCUGCGUUCAACUUGCACAUGUCGAGGCGGGAGAAGAGCUCCCGUUUCGACUGUCCUAGAUCAUUCGUCUUCCCGGCUCGACCAGUCACUCCCCCGAAGAGGAUACGGCAGCAUCGUUACGGGAGUGAUCUACGGAGCCAGAUGGAAAGGAGGCAGCAACUCGUGGCUCAGGACCAGCAGUACCGCCUUCUUACAGAGCGACUUGACCAGAUGCAGCUGAUACAAGAGAUAGCUUUGCAGAGGGCUCAGCAGCUCCAGAAGAAACUGGAGAAAACCAAGCAUUACAGGAAGGCUCUGGACGCUCAGGUGGAGGACAAGAUGUUCACAUCAUGUUCUGAGUGUCCGCCUGACAAACCAAGACUAACUCGAUGUGAAACAGCAAUUAGGAGGGCAGAGAGCCGAAAGAGAGCACAAAAGCUCUUUCAGGCGAAUUUCGGCGUUGCCACUCAGAGAAAGAGGGAGGAGAUGCAGAAUCGUCAACUACAGCUGGAAACAGAAAAGGAAAUGCUAAAACACACUAAAACAGAGUUAAUGCGGGACGCCACCAAUCAUUUUGAAAAGAAGCGUGCCGUCCGAAAAUCGCUGGAGGACGACUGGAGUCGAAGUGCCGAGCUCAAACACAAGCGAGAGGAUGAGGAGAGGCGCUUCCUGAGGUCUCCUGGAAAACUCCUGGUAGACAAGCUCGAAGAAUGCCAACGCUGCUGGAGGUGUAAAAGGAGGACCACCAACUGCGGAGAAACCAACAUAUGGAAGGACUCCCGUUACCUUUCAGGUUCACAGUUUAUGAUCUGAAGCAGAACGACGUUACAAAUUGAACAUGUCGUUGCUGCAUUGCAGCCCAGUGCAGUAUGCACCAUUUUAACUAUUCUUGAUCACUCUUUCACAAUUAUAAUGCGCAAUUCGUAUAUGCUCUGUGUGUGUUAUUUGUUUUUUUGUUGUUGUUUUUUUUAGCCGUUUUAGACUCUGGAAGCUUUUUUCAGAGAUCCAUAAGUGUUUCUACAGAAUAAGUUUGAAAUAGGAUUUGACGAUUGUGAGCUUCAUUUCAACGCUGUGCAUUUAUUAUCAUUAAAUUAAAGAAG